AUGCUCCUGAAAGUGGACUUUAUCAUGGAGAGGCAGCAUGUGGCAGCAUGGAUGCUCUGGAAAUUGGAUCAGGCCCUUGCUGCUGCGGUGUACAGACUGCGGGGCCCGAAGGUCGCCGAGACUCUGAUGGCAGGUCUCCGACCUGCAAAGAAGGCCUUGCUGAGGGAGAAGUUCCAAGAGAUCGACGAGGAGGGCUGCUCCGGCGUGCCUGAAGAGGAGGAAGACUCCCAGGGAGGUGAUGUCCGGCCGGACUUGGAUGACUGCCUUCACGUGUGUUCUGCACUGCCAGUGCUUCCGGGAGUUGUUGCAGGAGAAGAAGAGUCUUUGAUGGAUGGGAUUCUGGAGGAGACAGGUCUCGUUUUCAACGGAGCCGGCAUCCACAACGACGAAGCGCGCCGGCGAAGUAUCCGGAAGUCAGUCUCCUUCUGCCAGGAGGAUGACAUCGUAGAGGUGGAGCAACAUCAGGACGAGGAGCUGCUUCUUGAUCACGAGGUUUGGGCGCUUGGCAUUGACGUCGAGGAGAUCGACGAGCAAGAGGCUCUGCUGAGGGAGAUCCUCAUGGGAAGCGAGGACGAAGACGAGGACACUCCACGAACACCGAUUCGCGAGCCCCACCACGAGGUCUUGUCUGUGGAUGCAUGCUGA